GUCUGCUGGCCGUGCUGCGAGGAGGAAGGGACAGGAAGCAGAGAGCUAGAAAUGAAGAGAGAAGAAAGAGCUGGAGCUGUGUGGGGUUGUUCAUAGCACUGCAACAUAGCAAAGAUAUGGAAGACCUUUCAGAUAACAUGGGACUGCAAUGUAGAGAAGGUAUUUUAGGUGACAGGGUACUGAUGCUUGAAGCCCCCUGAAGUUUUUAAAGAAGCACUCUUGAGUGCUGUGGCCAUCUCGACAAGGAUGACAAUGACAAAUGGUGACCCCGGUGUGAUACAAAAGCUGAAUAAUGUGAUAUAACAGUCAAAAUGAGGUACCCGGUCUGGAGUGAUGUGGGGUCCUAGUAACUGGCAAUAUUGACCCACUGGGAGGAGAGUGGGGGGUGGGGAGGCAGCAUUGGUGAAGCUGAGAGUGGUGUGUGGAAGCAACAGUGAUGUCCAGACCUGGUUGUCUCCUAUCAAAGCACCUGGAAGCAGGUGGGCCACCAACUUGUAAUAAUGGGACAUAAACUUAUCUAAGGAGUGUCAUGACCACCCUGACAGCAACAUAUAGUGACACCGGACGUGAUUGGUAAUUGAGGUGCAGCAGAGAUGGAGUCCAGCAAAGCUGAGAGCAGCAGGUGAAGCUGCCAGUCUGGACUUGAUUUUGACACCUGGAGUACAUGUGAGCUGCUGGAAGUAUAAUGAUGGGGACUCAAGUAUCAGGAGAAGAAAAUAUUAUACAUCUAUGAAGCAUAAUGGAAGAGCAGAGCGAUGAUUGGUUAUAGAUACUGGAAAGGAAAAAUGUAAAGGGGAUUAAAGCAUUCAUCAAACAAAUAAUACAUGGCAAAGACUCUGUACAUUCCAAUAGAGAGAGCAUGUGGUUCUGAAGAUUUAAAAUACUGUGUAUGAAUAUCUGUGUGGUAACAUGCAUUUCUAGGACACAUUCUAUAUUGAUGACAAACUGCAAGCCAGCUUGACUGUGGUGUGUCAAGCUCUCCAAAGGACUGGCAUAGAGAUUGGCACUCUGAACUGUUAAUGGGGACAUGGGACUCAUGUUGCUGUUGAUUAUCUGUGUGCACUUAACCAGCAAAGACCAACAGAAGAUGCUAGAAAGGCAGUUGGAAUUAUAGCAGUUUUUCAGAAUGUCUAAGCAAGGUAAAUUGAACCAGGAGACAGCAGAAGAAGCUGCAAAAGAGCAGGAGACUGCCAUCUCUGAAACCAACUUGGACAACUGUGCUCUUAAUAAACCUGAAAGCUCAGAAGUAGAGGAGGAGAAGCUCAGUGAUUCCAAGACAGAGCUGCAGGUGUUACUGCCAACAAAAAAUUGUUACGCAAAGCCUAAGAAGAAACGAGGCGCAAAUCAGCAGAAAAAGUGAUCCAAGUCAGGAGCUAAGGGAAAACUGGUAUGGAGUCUUGAUGUGUGUGAAGAGUCAUCCCCUCGCCCAGGAGCAGAAAAUCUUCAUGACAACCAGUUUUGGUGGGCUAGCCGUCCUGACAAGGGAAGAUAGCUCAUCUAGUAACAGAAGUUACCAGCAAACUGUCUAAAACAGAUUACUAACUUGGUCUACUGACAUAGGAGAGCAGAUCUCAGAUCUUUUAAGGCAGACAUUUCAAAGCUGUCAGCUUAACCAAUGUGUAGUGAGAGCUUCAAAGUAUUUUCCACUGCUUCCAUGUGAUUUACUCAGUACAAGUUUUACUUGGGUUUGCUUCCAGCAUCCUGCGAUUCCCCAGGGCCCAGGAAGAUACAACGCUUGACACACAGGGAAGUGGCUGAAAGGUCAGUGAGCUCAGUACACAUUGGUACUGUGCUGCUGCUAUAUUUGCCAAGAUCCAAGCAAAUUCAAAUAAGAAAAUGAUAUUUGAAGAGAAUUUUACCUGAAGUUUUUCAGCCUCCUGAAAAAUACCCAUCCUUUCUAAUCUUUAUUUAUGUAUUUGUGCACAGAGAGUCCAUACAAGUUAAAAUAGGCUGGCAUCUGGGUUUUCCCAUACUUAGUGUAGCAAACUCACUCUAAGUACAAGGCUAGCUUUUCCCUUAAGUUAGUGAGACCAUCCAGAUCCAUAGGCCUGAAGAUCACAGGGACACAAACUGGCACUGACACCCAACACAGUCCGGCCAGCUCUGCGUAACCAGCUUGUCAGCAGCAUUUACUGGCCCUGACAAUGGCAAAUCCCAGUUUGUACCCCAACACUGAUGGAUCUUUUCCCUGAGCCUUGCAGUUAAGCCUCAGGGCAAAAGGUGGCUCAAAAACCAAAUGUGGAAUAAUUUCUGAAGUCAAUCUGAAACAAGUUGUGGCCUUAGCAUUGACUGAACAUAUAUCCCAAUCUAACCUCCACUCUUUCAUAGUGAGAUAUCCUAGCCUGCCACUGACCUGACAGAAGAGCAUCUCUGCCUUCCUUGCAGAUGCUCUCCUUUGCCCCGGAGCUCUGUGAACUCAAGCCCCAACUUGAACUACAGCCUUUGUACCCCACUUCUCUUCCCCAGAGAGGGUUUUGCCCCAUUUUUUUUUCCAGGCCAGAUAGAAAUUAGAAGAAGGUUUAUGGUGGAGUUUGGAUUACUUUGUACGUUUGCAUAAAUCAUGAUUUUACUCAGUGUAGCUUCUCACCUUCAUCCUAGCCAAAGCUGUUCAUAACCUAAAAACUGCUUUAGGAUCAGCUUUUUGCCUGAACUCUGAAAAGCUUCCCCACAGUAACCUGUGAUGAACUCAAGCUUUGCCUUUUUUUGUCUAGAGGUCUAACCCUACUUUAUCUACUAUGUUACCCAGUGAUCCAUCUCAGAGCUUAUUUCCUAAUGACACUGGCUCACACCAACUCUCAGCUUAGUUUAACAUGCUCUGUUAAUUGUUAUAUGACUUUAUAAAUUUACACAAACAACCUCUAAUUACAUGCAUAACUAUUUACUUCCAGAAGGUUGCAUAACCUUAAUUUGGAAGCAAAUAUACAGCCAUGAGCACCAGCCUUUCAUAUCUGCCUAUCUUGCUGAAAACUGUUUUUUAUUAAGGCAGAAGUGCCAAGAGAAUUUCAAACAUGUUAAAAUGCUCAGAGCUUGGCAAGAAUCAGAGAUUUUAUUUGAA